AUGCGCUGCAACCUCGUGUACGGAGGCUAUGGAAGCGUCGCCGCCGCCUGGUGGGCCCAUCAUGCGGUGGCCGCGGGUCUGCUUAUGCCGCACUCCACUUUUCCCCAGCAGCAGACGAGGCUGGACGGCCUCGGUCACGCGGCUCAGGCUCCUGGGCCCCCAAGCCCGGCCACAGGUUGUUCAUCGCCGCCCCGCAGAUGCACGCCCGAGAAGGCCAAGUACAUGGAAGACGCACCUCUGAACCUGAGCACAAAGCCUUGCGACCUGUCCUCGCGUAUCAGUCUCAGCAGUAGUAGCAACGUCAGCAGUAGCAGCAGCAGCAGCAGCAGCAGUAGCAGUAGCAGUAGCAGUAGCAUCAACAGCAGUAGCAGCAACGGCAGCGGACACCGUAAGAGCGAGAUCUGGUCGCCGGGCUCGGUAUGCGAGAGGGAGGCCCGGGAGACGACGGCGACGACGGCGGUCGCCGCCCGGGGCACGUCCUCCGGCCACAGCUCGCCGAGCAGGAGCGCGAGUCUCAGUCCCGCUGCGGUUGCGCAACAGCUGCAUCGCUCGCCGCUCACGCCACCCUCCACCGAGCGUACCUUCCAGUGCAAACAGUGUGGCAAAGCAUUCAAACGAUCGAGUACGUUAAGUACUCAUUUGUUGAUUCACUCGGACACACGACCGUAUCCCUGCCAAUACUGCGGCAAGAGGUUUCAUCAAAAAUCUGAUAUGAAAAAGCAUACGUACAUCCAUACCGGUGAGAAGCCGCACAAGUGUGUGGUGUGCGGCAAGGCCUUCUCCCAGAGCAGCAACUUGAUAACGCACAUGCGCAAGCACACGGGUUACAAGCCGUUCCAGUGCGGCCUUUGCGACAAGGCCUUCCAGCGUAAGGUCGACUUGCGCAGGCACCGCGAGGGUCAACAUCCGACAGCGCCGGCACUCGAUUAUCGCUCGCUCAAGGUGCCGCUCGCCCCCACAGUGUCGACGUCGGCGACGGCGAUGACGGCAGCGUCGAUCACGGCAGACGACACGACCUACCACAGCCCCAUGGACACCACUAGCAACAGCUGA